AUCCACUGGGCGUCGAUCAUCUCUGCGACAUUUUUUUUUUUAUUUUUUUUGUUUUUGGGUUUUGGAGAAACCGGGAGCGGAGACCGCAGGCGGGCCGCCGGGAUGGCUCUUGCGACGUCACGCAUUCAAUCCCGUCCUCCCCCAGCCCCCAUUGAUUAAGCGAGAGAGAGAAUCUGUUUUCGUUUUCUUGCAUCUUGCGUGCAGUCUGGAGAAGGAGCGGGUAGGGGAAGUGGGGAGGAAGGAGGAGGAAGAAAGGAUGGUGCUAUGGGAGAUCACGGUGACCACGGCUUACUUUCUUGGGUUGAAGAGGACUUACAGGCUUGCCCUUAGAAUCCAACGCCGCCUCGUUCGCCCUGACCACCCCAAGCUCCGUCAUUUCCUUCACAGGCGCACCCGCAAGAUCUUUGAUGUUGCUCUAACUGUACAUCGAAACAUACAACAAAGAGAUAUAGAGGUUGGGAAGAAUGUUGGUAACUGGAUUCUUCGUUGGCUUGACCGCAUGAAACCGUCAGCUCAAAUUCGAGGUGACCCAACUCCGUUAACCUCCUUCGACACCACGGCUAGGAAGCUCAUCAAAGAUUCCAAGCCGCCCACGUUCACUCAUGGAGCAAACAACACAAGGAUAGCAGGUCAAGAUAUGGACAGGCGCAUUUUUUCAUCUCCACCGAACAUUAGGCUUCCAAAGUCAUCCCCAACCCUAAGCAUGCUACUGCGUCCACAGAAGGUUGCGGGCAGCCCAAGCCGCCAUUAUCGUCACAUGCAUGUUCACUCAGAACCACAUCUGCAUGUUGGGAGAUUUGAUGGUGUGUUUAGGAGCGAUAUUGCAUACUGGAUGGGACAAUGAUAUGGGAAAUGGGGGCUUUUUUCUUUUUAAACCCAUUUCCUGUUUUUGUAUAAAUACUGCCUAGCUUGCCAUAACUUUCUGAUAGUAGAGAACAGGACAUGGUAAAGAAGUUUCAGGCUUGAAGUGUCACUGUGGCAGUCUCUUUAGUAUGACUGAUUACUCUCCUAAUUGUUAAUAAAAGGAAGAAUCUCCUAUCAAUUCUGACUUA